AAAUACCAAUAGAAGCACUGUAGAAGGCGGAUUUAUCACUAAGCAGCCAAGUAAACAAAGUUUUACCGGCUGAACAGCAUUUUUUUUUUUUUUUAAAUUGGUCUACCACGAAAUUUUCAUAAUUUUCCAUUUUUAAUAUCAAGGCCUCCAACAAAGACUCCUUCUCUCUUUUUGUCUUUCUCUACAGUUUUUUGUUUUUCAUUUUAGUUGAAGUGGUCAUGACUUUUGUCAGCUCUUGAGCCUUUUCUAAUCAAAAGAUCAUCAAAUAUCAAAAUCCAUUAGAAGGACUUAUCAUGUUUUGGCUGUUCACUUACUGAUCAUCUUUUCGUAAGGGAGCCUGCAGAAUUUGUGCACUGCAAGAUGUUCUCAUCGCCUGAAUACCUAAGGAGACCAAAGCAUGGUUCAUAAGGGAGAUUUUGUUGUCAUUGGCAUCUCUGUUGGCUUGGCUCUUGGUAUCUUGAUAGCUUCGCUGCUAUUUUUUGGGAUAAGGUGGUACAAAAAGCAUGUACACCUGAGACAAAAUUCAAAUGAACGUAAUGUUACAGUUCUUCCUAUAAGAACUAAUGGCUUGGGUACAAGCAAUGACUUCAGUGCAUCUCUCUCGAAUUCUAUAGCUAUUCAGGUACCAGAACACCAUCAAAAAAGUUCUUCGAAUUCUUGGUGGAGUCUUCAUAGUAAAGAUCGCUUUGCUUCUGCUUCCGGCUUGCCAAAGUAUUCCUAUAAGGAUGUUCAGAAAGCUACAGAAAAUUUCACAACUAUUUUAGGAGAAGGAUCAUUUGGUCCAGUCUAUAAAGCCACAAUGCCUACUGGUGGAGUUGCAGCUGUAAAGGUGCUUGCUGCCAAUUCUCAUCAGGGGGAGAAAGAGUUCCACACAGAGGUAAGCUGCAAUAACCAUGUUUGUCUACUAGGAAGGCUGCAUCAUCGAAAUCUUGUGAACUUGGUAGGAUAUUGCGUGGAUAAAGGAAAGCACAUGUUAAUUUAUGAGUUCAUGAGCAAUGGAAGUUUGGCAAACAUUCUGUAUGGUGAAGGCGAACGGGGCUUGAGUUGGGAAGAGAGACUUCAAAUUGCUCUUGAUAUUUCACAUGGCAUAGAAUAUCUUCAUGAAGGGGCAGUCCCUCCAGUAAUACAUCGUGAUUUAAAGUCCGCUAAUAUACUAUUAGACCAGUCAAUGAGAGCCAAGGUUGCUGACUUUGGGCUGUCAAAGGAAGAGGUUUUUGAUGGCCGAAACUCUGGCGUCAAAGGUACAUAUGGUUACAUAGACCCAGAGUACAUAUCCACAAACAAGUUCACAAUGAAGAGUGACAUAUACAGUUUCGGGGUUAUCAUCUUUGAGCUAAUUACAGCCAUCCACCCACAUCAAAACUUGAUGGAAUAUGUUAAUCUUGCUGCCAUGGGUCCAGAUGGUGUCGAUGAAAUACUUGAUAAGCGACUGGUUGGAGAAUGCAACAUUGAAGAAGUAAGGGGGCUAGCCAAAAUUGCUCAUAAAUGCUUGCAGAAAUUACCAAGAAAGCGGCCCUCAAUUGGUGAAGUAACACAGGCUAUACUGAAGGUAAAGCAGAGGCGCCUUGCAAAAGAAGAUACAAUGUCUAUGGCUGAAGGAGAUUUUUCACGAAUUAUGAGUCGGAUACAGGAUCAGCAUAUAGAGCUGACGAAGCUGGCGAGCUUGAAUGGAGAUUAAUUGAACACCACAACUUCCCUUUUACCCUUUAUUGGUUUAUUUUUCUCUUUUUUUUGCACCACAAUCAAGCUUCUGUCAAGUAAUACUGCUGAUAGCAUACAACUGAGAGAAAGUACAGAGAAGUGGUGUCCUACCAAAUACCAAAUGAGUACUUCAGGACUAACCCCUAAUGUUUUAAUAUGGUAGUUAUGAAAUAUAUAUAUAUAUAUAUAUAUAUAUAUAUACACACAAACGCACAUUCAUAAUUAGAAUUUUAGUUAAGUUAUUUCAUUCAGUUAAAUGUCAUUUAGCAAG